GAUUCUAAGUGAGAAUCCGCAAGCAGACAUUGCCCCUCCCACCACCAUCCCCCGCCGUUAACGGUAUUUAUAGUCAUUGACUAUAAAAACGGAUAAUUCUUAGCAUGUCCGAACAUUCUAAAAGAACGAGCUACCCAGUAUUUUUCUUUUUUAAUACUUGUGGUGGUGGAAUCACUAUUCUGACGGGUCCGUAGAUGCAAAAGAAGAAUUGUGACCUCGCCUUUGGAUUCGGGCAACCAUGUCGCGACUUACGGUAGUUUCUCAUUUGAGUUUUAGUCCACUUCCAUGCGUAGCCGGUCGUGCAACGUCGCGCUGAUACGGCGCAGGUGGGAUAGAAUCGGAGUGCCGCACAUCGGACCGGCCCAGCAAACGAUUUUUUUUGGAACAUUUUAAUGCCAAGAUGUACUUAGCGGAUUGUACUUUAAAUUAGUUCAUAUAUAUUUAAAUAGUAUUCUUUUGUUUAUUGUUAACAAAAGAAAACGUGAAAAGAAAAACAUACAAACUUGCCUCAAUUUUAGUGAAACUAAUGAAUGAAUUGAAAUACUUCGUGCAAACUUAUUCCCUGCCAUGCCCUCUUGUGUUGUCUAAAAGCGCCUUCAGAAGAAUUAUUUCCUUUUUUCCAGAACUCUUUCUUGGAAUUCUAGGGGUUUUCGUCUGCUUCCUCCGAGCCAGGACUUUAAUUCUUCUAAUUCUCAUGAUGUCAGCUUCUGGAGAAGCUAGGCCGUUAGGUAACGUCGAGUCUACACUGCCUCCCGCGAAAGCUCGUAGCUUGCAGAGCAUCAUCGAUGAAAUCUUAUCGACAACAAAUUCGUCGGACAUAUCGAUGCAUCACGAUAUUUAUCGACGAUCUCUGGAGAGGUGGUCGAAUCCUUGUGAAUUGCCGGGAUUCAUAUUUGAUGACUCUUAUAUGGAGGGUGUGCCGCACGCUGACCCCGUCGAAACGGCUACUAGGAUUCUACAAGCGACGAGGUCGGCACGGGGGCCUGCUCAAAAACUCCUCUACGAUUAUGGUGUGAAAAUUUUUCGGGAUCCUAAUUAUAUAAGAUAUUUCAAUCCUGAUCGUGGAUGGCUUCCUGUGGCAGAAAAAACAGAAGUGCAAGGCAUGAGCUUGCGGAGAGCUAUCAAGUACUUCAGCGAUAAACUUCCCUUCUAUGGCAUUGCCCUGACGCAGGUGACGUUGGAUCAGGUAAUCCACAGUGGUCCAUUUGUGGAAGAAACACGAGAGGUAGAGAUCAUCCUCACUCAAGAUGUAUGCCAACUUCAGUUGGGCGGUUUGAGCCUGGGGGUGCGCCCCAGCAAAACUGAAAUUUCAGACGCCAUGAGCAAAGACUAUAAAGACGUGAAAAGCAAAUCUCAGCGAGACCUCCGGGACAUUAUUAUCCUCAAAGAGUAUAAUGAUUUUCUCAAAGUCAUGGAAGACACGUUUGAACAUCUCGUUGAACGGACGUUGCAUAGGUACACAACUACGGAUGAUGUGUUGAACGCCGCGUCCAUUCAUUGAACAUAAUAUUGAAGAUUUCUCCCCAGAGACUGUGAUGUUUUAUUUAUUAUUUUUUUUAAUUUAUUGUUUAUUUUAAACAAUUCACCCACCAUUAAUUCAUUUUCAUCUAUGGAUCACUACGAACCAUCAUUCAAUAACUUGAAAUUUAAGUUUUUUUUUCUGUUUCAAAAAAAAAUAUAGUUCUUUAUUUUGUGUUGUUAGCGUUAUUGAUUUAUAAUAUGAACGAAUCGGGUAUGAAAUUAUUUUGAAAAUUGAGAAGUGGAAUAUACUAAUUUCAUAAUUAAAAUUCCGUGAUUUUAAGAAAGGUGAAAUUCAGCCAAAUCUAGUGGUCUCACAUUUAAAGUUAAUUAAAAACCAGUUAAACAACCGUUUUUAAAAUUGAUUCAAAGAUAAAAAAUUAUAAAUGCUUGAAUUUUGUUUCGAAUUAAAAAAAAAUCAUUUUUGAUUUGAACUCAAGUUUUUCAUGAAAAAUAAUUGAACAAUAAAAUGACCUUAUUAAAACUGAAUAUUAUUAUUGAUUCUGAAUAUUUUAUGAAAUCCUAAAUACAUCCUAAUCUAGAAUAUAUCCUAAUCCUGAUUACAUUAUAUUUUUGUUUUAAUUCUGAAUAUAAUAUAUGAUUGUUUUACAAAUGCUUGUAACUAUCAAAUUUGGUAGAAUCAAGUGUUUUUAUCUAUAUCUAAAUUAGUCCUAUUUUAAAUAUUGAAUCUCUUUAAUCGGUAUAAUAUUCAAUAUCGGUAUUAUAUACAUUGUUUAAUUAAUAACACGAGUUUAAAAUAUGUGAAAAAUUUGUGCAAUCUUAUUAAAUUUAAAUUCGUCAUGAGCUUAUAUCAAAAUCUAACUUAGAAUUAUUAGUUUGUUUGUAAAAAUAAUCAGUUUAAGUAAUUAAUUUGCUCAUAUGAAACAUAUUUGUCUCAACAAUUUUGUAUUUAAAGCCAAUGCUUACCUUUGCCAUUCAAUGUAUGUGCCAGUGUAUGGUAUUCCUGUUUCCUUCUAUUUAUCCCACACUUUGCUUCCGUAAACAUGUACGGAAUACAGCCUAAUUUUUGUGAACAGAUUCCUAUUUAUGUAAGAUUCAUGUUUAUGUUGUUGUUUUUUCAAUGUGUAACGAAGUUCGGGAAAACCAAAGAUGUCUCUCUUUUUUUUAAUUUUUAUUUUUUAUUUUUAUUAAACAGUUGAAAGUGAACAAUGAGAUUGGUAGAAAUUACGCCUUGUAUAUUUAUUUUAGUCGAAACUUAAGUUUUGUUUUCAUACACUAAAUUCAAUGCAUACUUCUUAGUAUAAUUUUUUAAAUUUUAAGCUAGAUUUUAAUACACUAAAUUUAAAAAUGAAUAUCCUGUUAUAAAAGUUUUAAGUUUUGCUUUUAUACAUUAAAUCAAACAAUGAAAAUCAAAAAUGAUUAAAAACAUUUUUUGGUUUUAAUUUAUCUUGAAUUUGUUAGAAAUUUCAGUUAUAAUACAAAAUAAACACAUAAAGAUAUGUCAGUAGGUAAUAUUUUUUUUUGGUAGGAUUUAGGAGUACUUAUUAUAGAUAAAAGAAAUAUACAUUUUCACCUUCAUAUGGCAUGUUUGAAUUCGUUUGAUGCUAAAUAUAAAAUAGAAUUUUGUUUUACAAAUUAACCGAGCAAAUUAAAAAUAUGACAUAACACUCAUAUCCAUAACAUAAUUCAUAAAUGUGCUUUCAUUUGUAUUUAAGUUAUUACUUGUACAUGUUUUUAAAUGUGUGUAAUUUUUUUUUAAAAAUUAUUACUCUUUGUGAAAGAGUUUCCUUUUUAUUUUUUUAAAAAUUAAUUUGUGAUUUGUGUUUGUACUUAGACCCUUUUAUCUCUUAAAUGCCCAAUUGAAGUUGGCAUGUUUAGUAAAUAUUAAUUGUUUGUUCAAUAUUUUUUCAUUAUGUAUUUUAAAAUUUUAAAUAGUCAUUUUUAAAAAGUUAUUAAAUUUAACUUUUUUUAAUGUUAUUGUUCUUUCAAGUAAAUAUUAAGGAAAUUUACUGAAUUUCUAUUCACUUAUGAAAUAGUAUCACCAAUAAAUGUUUUAAUAAUAGAAUUCAAUGUCUUAGAAAAUACAUAAAUGUUUUUUUUUCCUCUCAUAGAUUUGCUUGCUUUUAGCUUAUUAAUAUAUUUUAAAAACUAGAAAAUAACACUUAUAAUAAUAUAUGAUUAACAUAUAAUUAUAUGUUCUAAUUCUUUAACAUAUAAUAUAUGUUAAAGAGCUUAGUAAAGAAGCAUGUUAAGUGCAAUUUUGUGAAAAUUAUCCGUUAAAUAUAUUAGUAAAAAAUUUGCAAACCACAUUUCCCAUCGAAAGUCGCUUGGCAGAAUAAAUUAACAUUUUACCCUUACAAGUGGUUUUAACAUGUUUUUAGCAUGGGAAGGCAUGUUAAGUGUAAUUUUAACAACUUUGAGGAAAUCUUCUUUUUUUGAAAUAUUAGUAAUAUAUUUGCAAAACAUAUUUUCCUUUGAAAACCGAAUCGUUUAGAAUAAGCAGAAAAACGUUCAGCAGUUAAAGUUAAUCAAAAUUAAUCUUAACAUGUUUUUAACAAGGAAGAAACAUGUUAAAUGCAGUAAUUUGACUUGGAGAAAAUCCUUAUUUGAAAUAUUUAUAAGAUUCCUCAAACGUAAGAAAACAUGUUCUCCGUUGAAAACCGUCUUUAACACUGAAAAGAAUAACCUACAAAUAUUUUAUGCUUACAGUUGAUAAUAACAUGCUCUAUUACCAUGCUAUUUCGCUAAGCUUUGCGACUGUUUCUUAAUACUUGCAAAUCAUUAAAGAUUUGUGUUAUUCUAAUAGAGAAGUUCCUCCUAGGCCAAAUCAAAUUUUUUGCUUUUACUUUUAAACUAUUUACAUUGUAUAUUAUUGUAAUCUAAUUUGGAUAAUAAUUUAAUAUAAAGAUGAAUCCUUUUCAAAAUUUUUAAAAUUCUUGUUCUCGAAAAAUACAGCCAUUUUUUUUAAACGAUUUCAAAAACUGUUAAAUGAUAUCGAACUUUUUGAAAGAUUUUUUUCCCUUAAAUCCUUUUUAAAUCAGAUAUUUAAUUUUAUAAUGUUUUGUUACAAAAAUAUUCGCUUUUUUCCGUAAAGUGUAUUCUUCAGAAAAUUAAUAAAAUAUUAAAAACAAAUAUUUUUAUUCAAAUGCGAUUUUGAACAUUCAUAUAAUAGGAACAAAACUCAUAUUUUUAUAUCUUAUUCGCUAUAUACUAUAUACUUCAAAAUAUAUUUCUUAACAGAAAAUUCAAAAAUUAUUUUUUUGAAAUAAAACUAUUUCAGAACGUUUUUUUGUAAAGUGCAUAAAGUAUUUACAAAGCUAUGUUUUCUGUAAAUUUUUAGCUCAUAGUAUAUUUUCCUAAAUAAAACUAGAGUGCUAUACUUACGUAUGUAUAUAUUUAAAGAAAGCUGUUUUAUUAAAUGCUAAUUAAAAAAUCACAUAGCUUAUAGAUGGAAUAAAACUAUUUUUAUUAGCACGAACUUUAUUCGCUUUUUUCCUUGCAGUAUAAGCAAAAAAGAAUAUAUCUUGAAUUUUUAGGUCGUUUUAAGAGUAUUAAGUGUUCUAGGCAUCUAGUUACUAUGGUUUUUACUUUAUUUAUUGUAAAAACAUUUUAUAAAAAGAUCUGACUUUUUUUUAACUAGAAUUUAUCGGUAUUUAAUUAGAAUUCAAAAUAUUAUUUGUGCAUUUAUUGUAAAUUGCUUAUCAUGAGCAGUUUUUAAAUUGUCUUUAAAGAAAGAAAAAAUUUUGAAAUGUGUUCUUUAAAGUUUUAUUUAUAAAAUAUCAGCGUUUUAUGAAAUAAGUGUUUAUGAUGUACAGUUUUCUGUAAAUAGGUUUAUUUAUUCUAUUUUUGUUUUAAAUGGUAUCCGUACUUUUAUUUUCAUAGCAGUAAAUAAACUAUUUCAGAAACUUAUCCGUCUGAAAAAUCUAGUAGAUUGAAAUCGAGCCAAAGAUUUACCAGAUUAAUAAAAAAUUAAGCAGGAUUUUUAUUUAUUUCAGAAAUAAAAAAAAAUUAUAAUAAAUGAUUUGGUUCACAAUUGUUUGUUUAGAGGUAUAUAAAUCUAUUCUCUUUUCAAAAUCCAAUAAAUUCUAUAAAUCGAAAAAUGUAAUAAAAGAAUAUAAAUUACGUAUGAUUCUUAUUAAAUGAAUUGUUUUUAAAAUUCUUUCUUAUGUAAUAUUCCAGUGAUUUUAUUAAAUUCUUAAGAUUAAUGUAUAGAGGUUAAUGAUUGGGGUUUUUUAGAUGCGAGAAUCUAUACUUAAAUUUUUAUUCCUUAAAUUAUUAUUUUUCAUUCUGAAAUUCUGUAAAAUGAUUAAAACAUUUUCCACUGAAUAAUGAAUUAAAACAUUAAGACCAAAACAUGAGUAGAAACUCAAAAUUAAAAAGGACUUAAAUUUUUGGAAAAAAGUCUGUUUUGAAUUAGAAAAUUGUAAAUAAAUAUAAUGAUAUUCGAUAUCAUUGCCAAACAAUGUAAAAUACAGUAAUAUGAUAUCAAACUACGAAUUUAAAGAUGAUAUCUGAAUAGAAGAUUAUCAGAAAAAAUCACUAAAACUAAGAACAAAACAUAUUUUCCACAAAAAAAAUAUUUUAUCAUUAUAACAACAAAAAAAAUUCUUUUAAUUUUGAGGAAAAAAAUAAUUAGACAUUAAAGAAGUAUUAGAAUCAAAAAGUUGUAACAGUUUAAAUCAUUUUCUCAGUUAUAAAAAAAAUCCACUACUUUCUUCAUUAAAUUAUUAGUUUUUUCAGUCACCUGAAGCAUUAAGCUGCUUUUAAUGUGAUAUUUUACGAAUUAGAUUCAAGCAUUUUUGUAGCGUGUUGGUUUUUUUGUAUAAAAUUGUUUCAUAAAUGACGCUAUUUAUGUAUUUCUAAUGCGCAUUUAGUUGCAUUAUCUUCAAUCUUAUCCAGUGAAGAAAAACAAAAAAGUUGUGUGAAUGAGUUUAGCGAGUGUUAAUUUUUAAUGUUCCUAAAAGCUACAAACAAAGUGUUAUAUGUGUUGAUUUUAUGUGGUGCUAUGUCCUUAAAUCUAUUUUUGUGAAUAAAUUGUAUUUUUAUCCUAAAA